AUGGAAGCAGUUCUUGGAUCUCUACCUUCGGUCUACCUUCUUCGGACUGAGUGGAGUUUUCCAGAUCCGCUGCCACCAAUCGUCAAGUGUAGAGGGCUGGCUGUUCGACGGGGUUACGCAUUAUCGCAAGUGGCGGCUCACACCUACGAGACGGGUCACGACUUCAACUUCGCGGCUGCGAGGAUAAUUACCCACGCUGGCAUCAAGACGGACAGAGAACUGAAUGAAGCCUGUGCGUCGAAUGACAACUCAGUUAACCGAUGUAUCGAGUUGGCACCCGCAUAUGCUGCCCUGCGCAGGUAUCUCCAGACUCACGGCACUGGUGGUUAA